UCCUUGAUAGAAGUGUUUGUCACCUGUGUGUUUGCGUGCUGUUUUUGUCGCUGCUGUAGCAGCAGGAGGUGCUACUUGAACCUUUAAACGAGGAGAGACUUUUAUUUUGAAGGCGAAACUUAAGUUGCCGCCGUGAACGUGAACGCAGCUGGGAAAACGUUUGUAAGACCUCAGACUGAAGGUAUUGGGCCAUGUCAGUGUCCUCAGCCCUCCUGAGCCGACGUGUAGCCGGAGGCUCCUGCAGGUUGUGGUGUGUCAUUCCUUCACCUCGACCACUGAUCCACGUCAGAUCAGCUUCUGUAGCUGAGCCAGGCAGAAGAAGAUCCAAUGAAGAACAGCUGUGGGAGGCAGCAGGCUACCUGCCAUUCACCCGAGCCAGGAUAGGGCCUUUCUUUCAGGAAAACCCAGUGCUGAAGAACCCAUUUGUAGAAGAUGCCUUGCUCAGAGGAUAUCUGAAGAGACACAUACCCCAGGAGGUGAUUCUCUCAGACUUGUGUGCAUUUGGAGAACACGUGGCAAAGGAGGUGGAUGGCUGGGGUAGAGAGUGUGAGGUCAAUCCUCCACGGUUGGUGCACUUUGAUCCCUGGGGUCGCCGAGUGGAUCACAUUGUGACCUCCCAUGCUUGGAAACGCAUGAAAGACCUGUCAGCGCAGGAAGGACUCGUUGCCAUUGGCUAUGAGAGGUCAUUUGGCGAGUGGAGUCGUGUGUACCAGAUGAGCAAGCUGUAUCUUUUCUCUCCCUCAUCUGGCCUCUACACCUGUCCUCUUGCUAUGACCGACGGAGCUGCAAAAGUUAUCCAGUCCUUAGGUGUUUCGUGGCCAGUAGAAGACGCCUACAGUCGUUUGACCACCCGCCAUCCAGAACGCUUCUGGACAUCCGGACAGUGGAUGACAGAGAGACAGGGAGGCUCUGAUGUGGCCAGCGGCACUGAGACGGUGGCUGUUCCACAAACAGAUGGUUCCUACAAGCUCCACGGCUUCAAGUGGUUCACGUCUGCUACGGACGCAGACAUGACUCUUACACUGGCCAGAGUGCAGGACAAAACCGGAGCAACCAUACCAGGUAGCAAAGGUUUGUCUCUCUUCUAUGCGGAGGUGAGUCGAGAUGAGGAUGGCCGAUUGAGGGGUAUUGAGGUUCAGCGACUGAAGGACAAGCUGGGGACACGCCAAAUGCCGACUGCUGAGCUACUGCUGGACGGCCUGCCAGCGCGCAGGCUCUCAGAGGAGGGGAGAGGUGUGUCCUCCAUAGCUAAUAUGCUGACCAUAACCAGGAUCCACAACAGCGUCUCUGCAGCAGCCGCUAUGAGAAGGGUGCUCCAGUUAGCUCGUGACUAUGCCACUCGGCGCACUGCCUUUAGAAAGCUUCUUAAAGACCACCCACUGCACAUGCAGACUCUUGCUAGAAUGGAGGUAGAGUCUCGAGGGGCCUUUCUUCUGGUGAUGGAUGUGUGUCGUCUGUUGGGCCGAGAAGAAAGUGGAGUGGCAACCGAGCACGAUGCUCACCUUCUCCGGCUGCUCACUCCAGUCGUCAAACUGUACACUGGGAAGCAGGCUAUGGCUGUGGUGUCGGAGGGUUUGGAAAGCUUUGGUGGCCAGGGAUACAUCGAGGAUACCGGCUUGCCUGGAAUACUCCGUGAUGCACAGGUUUUGAGCAUAUGGGAAGGUACCACAAAUGUUUUGUCUCUGGAUGUGCUGCGGUGUGUGGCUCGUAGCUCAGGGAUGGUUCUUCAUGCCUACUUCAGCCAUACCAAGUCUCUGCUGGCUGGCGCCUCCAGCGUUUCCUCAUUGGCCCCAGCUGUGACAGCAGUGGGCGGAGCUCUUUGCGAGCUGGAAGAGUUUGUUCAGGUAGCAGCAACCAGAGCACCCAGCUACCUGGAGCUAGCAGCAAGAGACCUGGCAUACAGCCUGGCUCGCAUCUACACAGGAGCCCUUCUUAUUGAUCACGCAUGUUGGAAAGGAGCUUCUCCAUCUGACACCUAUGCAGCUCUCAGGUGGUGCGAACAGGACUUGUGUCCCGUGGCAAGGAACCAGAGAAGAGGUCACUAUGAUUCCAACGCUUCACUUGAUGCUGCUUUAGUCUUUGACCAGUCGAUACAGGGCUGAAGAAUCACUGCUGAGCCCUGCGGUCUGUCUUAGUGACAAACAGAUUUAUUGUCUGCUAUAUUAUUGUUUGUGUUUUUGUGGAUGACUGAAAUCAUGUUUCAUUAAAAAUGAAAUUCGGUCUUGAAUAGGCAUGUAAAUAAAAUGGAGAAUGGGUUGUGUCUUCAGUAUCAGAGUAAAUACUGGACAGUAAAUUGAAAUGUGAAUUCCCACAGUUAAAUGUAGUUUUUUAAAUAAAGGCAAAUGAUCAGCAGCCCAGAGAUUAACUUCACAUCAUAAGCAAAACAGGCCCUGACUGACCAGGUUCAUACACACUGCCUUACUGUACUGCUGGAAAACCUGCACAUACAUAUUGAUGUAUAAACUUUAAAACAGUAAAAACUUGGCAGUUUUAACGCAAUUUUCUGAUAUUCAUUAAACUGUAGUGACUUUAACUGUGAGUUUACUGAGUCACUGUGCUUUUUAUUUUCAAAAAUGAACAUUGCUCCAUGUGAUACACAGCAAAAACAUAAAAUAAACACCCAAACAAUAUCCAACACCCCUUUUUAAAAUAUGUUGAUAUAUAUCGAGGUGGGAGUAGGUGCGAAAUGUUUUUUUUUUUCUAAUGGCGAUAAAUACUUUUUACUCAGAAAA